AUGCUUCGUACCUUAACCAGAGCAUAUCAUGGUGCAGUGGGGACGUCGAUACGGUCGACUCCGGCGCUUUCACCACUAGCCACAAUCCCAUACCUCCAAGCCCCGAGGCUUGACUCAGCCAAUGAUAAAUUGCACGUUGGCAGCGUCCAACGCCACCUUCAAGACGCAGGCGUUUUAAAAAUCAGCCUCAAUUUUGACGACAAUGACUCCCGUUACCUAACAAGCCUCAUUCAAGGACUCCACAAAUGGCACGGUCACGGACUACCAAUCACCCAUUCCGCCCACCGCGGUUGGUACUGGGAUAUCCGACCCAGCCAAACAGUCUUCCAAUGUCCCGACCACCAAGCCAGAUCAGAAACCAUGAAUGAGUUCCCCUGGCACACUGACUGCAGCUACGAGGCCUCCCCGCCGCGGUUCUUUGCCCUACAAGUCCUCCACCCGGACCAAUGCGGCGGCGGGACACUCUCUGUACUGAAAGUCGACAAUCUACUCAAACUCCUCUCGGAGUCGACACGCGCUGCUCUACAGAAGAACGACUACCUCAUUACCGUGCCACCUGAGUUCCGGAAAACAGACAACAAGGACGAGUCUAUCGUCAGUAGCUUGCUCGCUCCGGACCCGCAAUCCGGAAGUCUGGCUCUCCGCUUCAGAGAGGAUAUCUUCACUCCCUUAACCGGCGAGGCUGGACUUGCGCUUGAAGAGCUCAAGUCUGUUCUCCUGGGUCCAAAGGCACAGUCGGAGGUUGUGAAUCUCACAGCGGAAAUGAUGCCGAGGGGUUCUAUCGUCAUCAUGGAUAAUAGGCGGUGGUUGCAUGGACGGAAUCAGGUGAAGGAUCCUCGGAGGCAUUUGAAGCGUGUGAGAUGGGAUGCUAAGCCGUUUGGGCUUGAUUAG